AUCAUUAAGUGUUUUUACCUUUAACUUGCCUAUCACUUUCGGCAAGCAGAUCCUCCUGGAUUUUCAUGAUUAACUUUUAAAUAAGAAGUUUUAAAUAGAAACUUGGGUCACUUCUGUGGUCACCAGGAUUUUCUAGCCUUGGCAAUGUGAGACAGUACCAAGACCUCCUCCACAGAUCUUUUUCAGAACAACUACAGCAAGCUACAAGGCCACUUCUCUGCCAAGACUCCUCUACUCUGCUCUUGACAGGAUAACGACAAGAACAUUGACAAGAGAAGGAAACAUAAAGAGAGCCAACAACUGUUGUAAAAUUACUCUUAUGAUGACAGAGAAGUUACAAGGAUUUGACAGCUCCCAGGAAGACCUAGAAAAGAGAAAGAGAGAGAUCUUGAGGCGUACCAAGAGGGCAUGGGUGCCUCUGGAUGAGCAGCUGCUUCCUGGCUCUGAGGAGGAAAGCCAGACAGUCACUAACCAUGUGCAGGAUAAUUCCAAACAGGAAAGUAUCCAGCAGUGGCUAGACUCUGGAUUCUUUGUCUCUGUAAAUGAAAACUUUCAGCAGGUCAUCAACCACACUGUUCCUUCGCACGAACAAGGAAUGGUUCGGAUGACUGUGAGAGACUACAUGAGAUCUCUGCAUGAGUUCUCAGAGACCCCUACCCUAUCCCGAGGGACUAGUUUCAAUUCUUGCCAUUCUACCACAAGUGUUCCACAAAGCAUUCCUGAAUGGUUGGACUUUUGGGAGACAGAUCCAGUGGAGAUUCUCUUGGAUCUGGGGUUUGGUGCUGAUGAGCCAGACAUCUGUACACAAAUCCCAGCCAGAUUCCUUGGUUGUGGCUCAGCAGCCAGAGGAAUCAACAUCCGUGUUUUUCUUGACGCUCAGAAGCAGCGGAUGAACACUGAGAAUCCUGAUUUGUAUGGCCGGUUCCGACAGCUGGAAAUCCUGGAUCAGGUGACAAAUGCCUUUUCAUCUUUGCUGAGUGAUGUUAACACCCCACAGAGUCAAAGUGAAGAGGAAGCUGGAGGGCAGUGUGCACCGAGCACCUCCGCAAGUGGGGCUAAAGAGCCUCCGAGGAGAAUGCGUCGGCUUUUAAGAAGAGCUUCAAGACAGAACACCAGGAGGGAUUGUACCCCGGGAGUGCCAGACGACCCUUUCAGGAUGGCGAAUGUGUUUUCUACUCUCCCGUGGGACUACAAAGUCGAAUUACCAGUGGUUUCCAGUAGCCUAGAUCGAGGUCAAGUGCCUCCUUUGGAGGAGCAUGAGUCUGUUCAAGCCAGUGAUGACUUGACACAGCAUCACCCCCCACGUGCUCCUCCGGGCAAGCAGUGGUCUUGCUCAUCCACACUGGCCAAGAAGAAGAAAUGGGUGCACAUGAACUUGUCUCACAUUGUGGGUGAAGGGCCAGACUCCUUUGAGCUGGAGGAGGUUCAGAGCUUUGAAGAAGAGAAUGGUAACCCUCUUGACCCGACUUCAAGAACUAUAGGCACUCAAGUGGACAGAGCAAACAGCUGUCAGUCUGACAGCAGCGGGUUUCUGGAGGAGCUACCGGAGCCCCCAACCCUUCAGGUGUCUUUCUUGACAGGCAGCCAGAGUCCCACUGAGAGUGCAGGUAGAGAACCAAGAGAUAAAGGCCACAGGCCAGUGACAUGGCAGGACCAUCAACCAGAGCUAGAUGGCUCUGAUUCCAAGAGCAUGGCGAGCAUGUCUUUGUCAAGCCAGGAUGGGGGUGUCUUGGAAGAAAAGACUUCUGCAUCCUUGGUGGAAGAAGAGCUUCAUCUAGAGACCACCAAGGGGCCAUCAGAGAUAGUCAACCCAGACAUGGCCCUCGCCAAGACUGUCACAGUGGGAGAAUACCCACGGGGUGUUGUUGGAACUGUAAUCACUUCUCCAUGUAUUAACACACUGGGCUUCAUGGUGACUCAUGUCACAGAAAAGGAGGGCAGGUCUCUGAGGCAUGAGGAAGCUGGGGAGGUACUGGUACAAAGGCACCACUUUGAGUCACAAAGGUCGUUGGGGAUUGAGCAGAAUCAAGAUAAUUUCUCUCAUGUAGACUCUGAGUCCUCAGGAACAGAGUUUAGCAUCAAAGUCCAUCCUGACAUUGGCCACAGCUUCUUGGCACAAGAGAGUCCACCACAGCACAUUUUCCAGCAUGCAGAAGGUGAUCUUGUUCAAAACUCUGAAAAAUCAACUCCCCACCUUGAUAAGCCACCUGGAGAUGUUCCCACUGACUCAAACGCUUUCAGCUCUAGGUCUGUGACAACCCAUAUGUCCUCCAACCUGGUGUCAGCUGCUCAGAGUGCUGUGGCCUUGGGGACUGAUUAUAAAGGAACAGCUUCAGAAGGCACUCCACGUGACCCUGGUACUACUACGGGACUGAGACUGCAGGCAGACGUGAGGCAGGUCAAUGAUGUUGCUGUUCAAACUUGUACCUGUGAAUCCUGCACACCCUGGCAUUACUGUUUUCCCUCACAUAACGAGGCCUUUAAUCAUCAGCCCUGGUCCCUUACCAAAUCAGUCUCUUUGGACACGGAUUUUCCUAGCACCUCCACAGCAGGCAUCUAUCACCUUGUACCUGCCCACUGUUAUGUCUGCUGUCAUCACUGUCCCCACUGCCAGGGGAGGAGGCCUAGCCCUGGCCCAGCACCCUCUGUCUAUUGGCAUCAUCUGUCCUCACAUGCAGAGGAUCCAGAUGCUCAGUUCUUGGAGACAAUGAAAGUACUUCAGGAUACUGCUAUGAGGGAUCUCUGUUCUUUCACAGUUCGUGAGAUGGAAGCCAUGAAGACAGUAUGCCACAGUUUCCGGGAGCAUUUAGAGGAAACUGAACAGCACUUCAUGGGACAGCAGGCACUCUUUUCCAGAGACAUGUCAGAAGAGGAAAGGGAAGAGGCUGAGCAACUGAAAACUUUACGAGAGGCCCUGAGGCAGCAGGUGGCAGAGCUGGCUUUUCAGUUAGGAGACCGAGCUCGGCAAAUCAAAGAAGGGAUCCUACUGCAGCUGGAACUUCUCUCGGAGGAACCACCUGAACGUUACACUGAUCUUCAACAAUGCGACUGGACCGAAAGCAAGCAUGACCAGAGUUUAUGUCCUCAAACCCACGUCGUGGCCCCUGAGCCUGCUGUUCCUCCCAGUAGUGGGCAACAGGCUUCCUGCUUACGGGUGACCCAGCUGCCUGCCCUUCUUCCACCCAACCUUGAGACCAGAAGGGAGAUGUCUCCCCAGUCACCAGCAAGUGCAGAGCCAGGUCCAGACCCUUGGUCAAGCUGUUCUUCUGGAGAGAAGGACUCUAGAUCAGAGUGGGUUUGA